AUGGUAUUCAGAUCACAUUUUACUUUACUAAUAUUAUCGAUCGCUAUAACUAUUGGAAAUGUUUCAACAAGUUCUCUUUGGAAUUCUAAUAAAAAUACAUUUUUGAAUUUUACUCAACUAAGUGGUCGGUACAAUUUUUGGACUGAAGAACAUACAGUAACAACUGACGAUGGAUAUAUUCUUACUGUAUUUCGAAUGAGGAGUAAAGACUGUUUUGCGUUUAAAAAAUAUCCGGUAUUGCUUAUUCACGGACUAUUUCAAAGCGCAGACACUUGGCUAGAUGCUGGACCAGACGCGGGACUGGCAUAUCUAAUAGCGAACGAAUGUUACGACCUGUGGGUAGGAAACCAGCGAGGUAACUAUUACGCAAGGAAACAUGUCACUUUAAAUCCAGAUAGAGAUCCAAUAUUUUGGAAAUUCUCAAUAGAUCAAAUGGGAAUCUAUGAUCUCCCUGCCAUGGUGGAUUAUAUUUUAAAGAAUACUAAAAAGGAUAAACUGAGCUACGUUGGCUUCUCGCAGGCUGUUGGAACAUGUUUGAUCAUGUGUUCAGAGAGAUCUGGUUAUUGUGACAAAGUGAAUAUCCUAAUAGCCUUAGCUCCAUCAUCGAGAAUUACCAAUAUGAAAUCAGUAGUUUUAAGAACUGUUUUUGACAAAUUUAACAAAUUGAAAGAUGUUUUAACUUCCAUUGGCGUGUACGAAGUAUUUGCUUUAGGUGAACCCGUACAAGCGCUGGUGAGCUUACUGUUUAAAUCUGAUAUAUUUGCAUGGGUGACCUCUAGUACCGGGCUAGGUUUAUUUGACUCACCUAAUCCGGGAUCUAUAGAUAGCAAAACUCUGCAGCAAAUAGCCACGCAUACACCGUCCGGAACGUCAACGCAUACUUUAGCUCAAUAUGGACAGAGUUUGGAAACGGAUAAUUUCCAAAAAUUUGAUUACGGAAAGAAACUAAACAUUGAAACUUACGGAACAGAUCAAGCGCCAAUAUACAAUUUAUCUGCUACGACUGCACCUGUAGUGGUCUUGUAUGGGAACAACGAUCAUGUUGAUUAUAUUGAAGAUGUUUUAUGGAUGGUAAAACAAUUGCCGAAUGUAUUGGAAGUGAGAGAAAUCGCUGACCCUCUGUGGAACCAUUUUGAUAUGGUGUACAGCCAAAAUAUUAAGAAUCUGAGUUUCCCUAUUGUGAGUGAGUAUUUACUAAAAUACAGCACAGCGUAA